CGUCAUCAUGGCGCAAGAAAGUAAAGGAGGAGUGUGAACGUAGGUGACAUCUCCUCCAUUCCUCUACAGUCGACUUUAUCUCAGUCAACUGUGGGAAAUGCGUGACAGAAGUAAGUUAAUUCUUCUUGAAAUGCAGCAGUUUGCUGAUAAGAGGAAGUAGACUCCAGACCUCCUCCACAGACUCUGUUAAGCGUAGGAUGGGACUGACUUUGACCGACAAAUACAACUCGAUACUUUUCACACUGGAAUUGGUUUCAUUGUUACAGGCAGCGUGUGCUGGAGGAACAUGUGAAAACGUAUUUAAAGGUUUCUCAGACUGCCUGCUCAGCCUUGGAGAAAACAUGGUGAACUAUCCCCAAGAGCUGGAUGACCGCGAAAACCUACAGACCAUCUGCUCAUAUUGGAAUGACUUCCACUCGUGUGCCUCCACCGCAAUCGCAGAUUGUCAAGAAGGAGCAACAGACCUCUGGGAAAAACUGAAACUGCAGUCCCGGAGCUUGAACUAUCAGGGAAGCUUGUUUGAAUUAUGCUCCGGGGAUAAUGGAGUAUCCAGAGUUUUAUUACCAGUGGAACUGAAGAUAUUGCUGAUGUGUUUUACCACACUGGUGGUUUGGCUUGCUUUUGAGUAAUAAACCUGAAGAUCUGACCUGAAACAAGUUACAGAAUGGAUAAUAUGCAUCCCUGUCUCUCUUCAACUGACUCAGUACAUGUUUUGAUUCACAUGAUAUGAUGAUUAUGUUAAAUAUAGGACUCGU